GUCACCGGGCGCAACCAUCUGGGGUGGGCGUGGCCUUGGGAGGUGGGCGGGGCCUCAGCGGUGGGGCGGGGGCGGCAGGCGCGAAGCCCCCACGUGCCCAGCCCGGACCCUGCGCCAUGAAGUGCAUCAUCGCUGGCGGCAACGUCAAAGUCCUCGGCCGAGCCGUGCACUCCCUGUCGCGCAUCGGGGAUGAGCUGUACCUGGAGCCCACUGACGGCGGGCUGUCCCUGCGCACCGUCAACUCCUCGCGCUCUGCCUUCGCCUCCUUUCUCUUCGCGCCCCUCUUCUUCCAGCUGUAUGAGGCGGGCAGCCCCCAGCCCCACAGCGAGCUCUUGCGAUGCAAAGUCCUCAUGAAGUCCUUCCUGGGCAUCUUCCGUUCGCUGCCCUCGCUGGAGAAGACGGUGGAGAAAUGCCUCAUCCUGCUCAGGCCCCAUGCCAGCCGCCUGGUCGUACAGCUCCACUGCAAGUACGGUGUCACCAAGACCCACAACCUGGCGUUCCAGGAGUGCGAGCGGCUCCAGGCCGUCUUCGACACACAGCGCUGCGCUAGCCAGCUCUGCGCCCCGGCACGGGUGCUGGCAGAGGCCGUGGUCCACUUCCCACCGACGCUGGCUGAGGUGACGCUGGGGGCUGGCCCCGGGGGCAAGCUCAGCCUGCGCAACUACGUGGAGGAUGAGACAGAGCUGAAAAAGACGAUGGUGACGGAGCUGUGGCUGGCUGAGGAUGAAUUCCAGAUGGUGGCUGUGGUCCCGGGCUCCCACAUCACCUUCUGCCUCAAGGAGUUUCGGGGGCUGCUGACCUUUGCCGAGGCCUCCAACCUGCCCCUCACCAUCCACUACGAUGUGCCUGGCAGGCCGGUGGUUUUCACCCUGGAUGAUGCAGUGCUGGAGGUCCACCUGGUGCUGGCCACCCUCUCAGACACAGAAAGCAACCUGCAGCCCCCCCCAACCAACGGUGUGUCCCACCCGCCUGCCCCAUCAGACGACUUUGCCGACGACCUUGAGUCCUACAUGAUUGCCAUGGAAACCAGUGCCUAUGAGGAGGGCUCAGGGGCACCCCCCAGCCCCACCUUCCCCCUGCGCACCCCACAUCCAGCCGAAAGUGACCCUGAGGAGGAGGAGGAGGAAGAGGAAGGAGCUGUGCCAGGGACCCCGCCUCACAAGAAGUUCUGCUCGCUGUUUUUUGGCUCAGUGCUGAUGCCAAGGGGGCCCAGCCUGGCCCCCACCCAGGAGGUGCUGGCAGAGGACAGUGACAACGAGUACUGAGAGCCCCAAGGACACAGCUGCCAGCUCCCCACCUCUACGUGACACCCCCCUGCCCUGCAGCAUCCAGGCACCAGGACAGGCACCCCCCCGACCCAGCACCGGCCCCCAAACACAGACACCCCCCCAAGACCCAUUACAAGUUUAUUCCCAAAAAAAUCUUCCUGCCCCCCUGCCUCCACUGCCAUCCCAGGGCUGGGCUCUGGGUACCCCCUCGUGCCGGCAGUCCCUGCCCUGGGCCUGUAUUUGGUUCAGCGGAGUGUGGCAGGGGGGGCAGGAUCUUACAAAUAAAAAACAAGUCGAAAGAAAAGCGA